AUGUUUUUAGUCAAAAAUCUAAAAUAUAAUAGAAUCAAGGUGUGCCUCCCUAAAAAGGAAUUUUCUUCCCUGAGGACAGCAUCUGUACAAACUAAUGAAAGACCAAGUCCAGAUAAGGUUUUGAAAGACAUCGCGAAAUAUGUUCAUGAAACCCCAAUAACGUCAUCUUUGGCUCUAGAUACAGCAAGACUCUGUUUCCUUGAUACUCUAGGCUGUGGCUUGGCAGCUUUGAAAUUUAAGCAGGCUCGAAAUAUUAUCAAGCCAAUUGUGCCAGGCACAAUAGUUCCCAACGGAACAAAAGUACUAGGUACUUCUUACGUUAUGGACCCAGUGAAGGGUUCUUUUGCCAUUGGUACUCUAAUACGUUGGCUAGAUUAUAAUGACUGUUGGUUGGCUGCCGAGUGGGGACACCCAUCAGAUAACCUUGGGGGAAUUUUAGCCGUCGCAGAUCACUUGUCCAGAUUAAACAAAGCUACCCGCGGAAAGAGUGGAAAACAGUUUCUUGUUAAAGAUGUAUUAGAUGCAAUGAUUAAAGCGCAUGAAAUCCAAGGCAUAAUAGCGCUCGAAAAUUCCUUCAAUAAAGUGGGUUUAGAUCAUGUAGUGCUGGUGAAAGUGGCAACGGCUGCUGUUGUCUCAAAGAUGCUGGGCUUAAGUCAAGAGCAAACCAUUGAAGUACUGUCACAAGCAUUUGUAGAUGGUCAGUCGCUGCGUACUUACCGUCAUGCUCCGAAUACUGGAUCUAGGAAGUCAUGGGCGGCGGGAGACGCAGUUUCGAGGGCCGUAAACCUGGCUUAUUUAGUCAAAAAUGCUAAUGUCGGCACGAUACCCUCAGUGUUAACAGCUAAAACUUGGGGAUUUUAUGACGUUUUAUUCAAAGGUAAACCUUUAACGUUUCAACAAAGGUCAGAAUAUGGUUCUUACGUCAUGGAAAAUAUUCUGUUCAAGAUAUCAUUUCCUGCCGAAUUUCAUGCACAAACUGCCGUAGAAGCGGCUGUAAAAGCGUAUAACGUUCUUGGCGAACAAGCGAAAUCUUUUAAAGAUAUCAAGUCCAUUAGAAUUAGAACUCAAGAGGCAGCAAUGAGGAUUAUAGAUAAAUCCGGUCCGCUGUAUAAUUAUGCCGAUAGGGACCAUUGUAUCCAGUACAUGAUUGCGGUUCCGCUAAUUACCGGUAAUCUCACGGCUGCCGAUUACUCGGAUGAGGUCGCAAGCAACCAUGAGAUUGACAACUUAAGAUCGAAAAUGUAUUGUAUCGAGGAUACUCAGCUCUCUCAAGAUUAUCAUGAUCCAGAUAAAAGGUCGAUAGGCAACGCCCUUCUCAUAGAGCUGAACGACGGGACACAGCUGGACGAAAUUUUUGUAGAGUAUCCUGUUGGCCACAAAUUUAGAAGAGAGGAAGGAAUACCAUUAUUACUGGAUAAAUUUCAAAGGCAUCUGCGCGAGCAUUUCGUAGGUAGCCCUGAUAAAGUCGACGUUAUAAUGAAUGAAAGUUUAAAAACAAACUUCUUGAAUAUGCCAAUCGACUCAUACAUGGAUUUAUUUACUGAGGAGUGA